AUGGGGGGAUGGUGGCCUUGGGGAUCCGCGCCGGCGGCGGCGCCGGCGGCGGCCACGGCGCCUGCACCUGCGCCUGUCGCUGAAGCUGCAUCUAGCGACCUCCCAGAAGAAGUGCCGGAAGGAAACCACACGCCGGUCGCGGUGCACAUGCCGCUCAGCACGCUCCUCGUGGCGUCCGCCUUCGGGCUUGGGUUCCUGUCGGGCAUGGCGAGCGGCGCACGGCGCACGGCGCUCGUGUUCCUUGCGGAGAAUGCGCACCGCCUGCCGCGAACCGUGCAAGGAUGGUACUUUUACAACAAGACGAAAUAUUACCGCAUGAUCCUCGGCGGCGCACAGACCGGCGCCGAGACCGGCCUGCACAUGGCCGGCUGGGUCGGUGGAUUCUGCCUGCUUGACGUGCUGGCAGAGCACGCGCGCAACCGCUGGGAGCCGGCCGAGCGCGUGCGCGACGAGCCGCGCGAGGACCGCCCGCUGCUCGCGUACCUCGGCCACUGGUCGGACGGCACACUUGCGGGCCUCGCGACUGCGCUCAUUGCGGGACUUGCCUUCCGCCUCCCUACGCCCGUGCUUCCCCGGAUGCUGCUCCUCGGUGGCGCGGCCGGCGGGACGACCGGCGCGCUGCGCGACGUGCGCCAUACCCUGCUGCAAAAGGCCAGCCCUACAACCCCCCAUAUAGAGUAG